AUGAAUAUGCUUUGUGGAAUUAGUCAACAGACUGAUGGAUCAAUUAAAAUAUCGAAUUAUGAUACACGAUAUCAUAUGGAUUAUUUACGUCAAUUUAUAUCAUAUUGUCCACAACAUGAUAUUUUAUUUGAUUUAUUAACGGUUGAAGAACAAAUUGAGUUUUAUGCAAUUGCACGAGGUUAUUCAAACGAUAAAGAAGAUAUUUGUUCAAAUCUUCUUGAAGCAGUUAAUUUAACAGAAGAUCGAAAUGUUUAUUGUAAAAAUUUAUCUGGUGGAAUGAAAAGACGUUUAUCAAUAGCAUGUGCAUUUAUUGGAAAUACAAGAUUUGUUUUACUUGAUGAACCAUCAAGUGGUCUAGAUCCAAUAAAUCGUCGUCUUUUAUGGAGAUGGAUUCGUUCGAUGAAAGAAAAUCGUACAAUAUUAUUGUCAACACAUUUUAUGGAAGAAGCAGAUGCAUUAUCUGAUCGAAUAAUAAUAUUAUCUAAUGGAAAUAUUUGUGCAAAUGAUACAUCAACUCAAUUAAAAAGACUUUAUGGUAGUGGAUAUAAAUUAAUUUUAAAUACAAAUAAUAAUCAAGAUCAUAUUUAUUUAUUUGAAUUAAUUAAAAAAUAUUUAAUUAAUUCAACAAUAGAAAUCGAAUCAAAUAAUCAAUUAAUUAUUCAAACAAAUGAACAAUCAUCACAAUUAUUUAUUGAUCUUUUAUAUCAACUUGAAAUUCUUAAAGAAAAUAAUUUUAUUUUAAAUUAUGGAUUAUCAAAUACAACAUUAGAGGAAGUAUUUCUUCGUAUUGCAAUUGAUCAAUAUGAAAAUAAUGAACUAAUUGAAGAAAAUCAAGAUUUAAUUGAAGAUAAUUGUUUUGAAAUAUUUAAUCAAAAAUUAAUUGAACAAGGUUAUGAUUUUUAUUUAAGUCAAUAUGAAGGUUUAUUUAUUAAAUCAAUUCGUAUUGCUUAUAGAAGAUCGAUAUUAUUAUUUGUUAUUUUAUUAAUACCAUUUAUAUUUGAAUAUUUUAUUAAAACAACAACCGAUUAUGAAUCAAUAUUAAUUGAUAUUGAUGAUUGGUCUCAUUUAAAAGAACAAAAUAUAUAUAUUGGAAUAAAUCAAUACGAAUAUGAUGAAUAUUUAUUUAAUAGAAUUAUAUCUCGAAUAAAUCAACGUUCACCAUUAGCCAAUAUUUACAAAUUAACUAAUAUAACAACUAUUCAACAACUUGAUUAUUUUUAUUGGAUGCGUCGUAAACUGGAUUCUGGUGCAUAUUCAAAUGAAUAUAUUGGUUUAUUAUUUGAAAAUAGUAAAAUAAUAUCGAUAUUAACAUCACAUUUAAUUAUUGGUUAUGAACCAUUUAAUGUAGCUUCGGAAUUUCUUUGUCGAGGACAAUGUUUUAUUAAAACUCGAUUGAAAUUUAUUGAAAAUCAUCAAAAUCAAUUUGAUGAAAAGUCAUUUUUAUUAUUUAUUAAAAAUUUAUCAUUAUUUAGUUGUUUUUAUGGAAUUUUACCUGGUCAAUUAACAGAAAUAUAUUUAUUAACAUAUUUUUUAAUUUAUUUUUAUAUAACAAUAUUAAUUAUUAAUGAAGAUAAACAAUUAAAUAAAUUAAUGAAAACAUUUGGUUUACAUCCAAUUAUUUAUUGGACAGCAAGAUUUUUUUUUGAUUUUAUUUUAUCAAUAUUUUAUUCAUUUUUUCUUUUAUUUAUUUAUUCAUUAAAUGAUAAAAACGAUUUAUUUAAUCAAAAUAAAUUUCAACAAAUUCUUAAUAAUAAUAAUAUUCAAAUUAAAUUUAUUUUUUAUUCAAUUACAUUUAUUAUAUCUGCUUCAACAUUACCUUUUAUUUAUCUUAUAACAAAAAUAAUGAAAAAUGAUUUAAUUGCUGGUUUAUUCAUAUUAUUAUUAUUAAUUUUAAUUGAAAUAUUUGAUUUAAUUCGAAUAUUAAUUAUAAUAAUGAUGAAAAAUUCCAUAAAAUUAAAUUUAUUUUAUUGGUUAAUUAACAUUAUAUUUCCUCCAUUAAAUGGAAAACGUUUAAUUGGAAUUAUAUUAAUAAAUUCAUCAAAAAAUUUAUGUAAAUUAAUUGAAAAUGAUCAAUAUAUAUUAUCAAAAAUGGGAUUUUUUAAAGAAAUAAAUCGAAAUGAUUUUUUAAAACAUAUAUUAAUAAGUUUAUUUCAAAUGAUAUCAUUAUUUAUUUGUCUUUUUUUAAUUGAUACAAAUAUUUUAAAUGAUAAAUUGUUUAGAUUAAAAAAUGUAUCAAUAAAUAAUCUAAACGAUGAAUUAAAUGAAGAAGAACUUGAUGAUGAUGUUUUACAAGAAAGAAUUACUUUAAUAUCAAAUAAAAAUCUAUCAUUAUAUCCAAUUGUUUCAUUUGAUAUUAUUAAAAAAUAUCCUCAUCAACAAUAUUUAGCUAUUAAUCAUCUUACUUUUUCUGUUCACCAAGGAGAAUGUUUUGGUCUUCUAGGAUUUAAUGGAGCUGGUAAAACAUCAUUAUUUAAAAUAAUUGUUGGUGAAGAAAAACCUACAAAUGGUUCAAUAUAUAUAUAUGGAAAAAAAUAUGAUGAUUUUUUUCGUGGAACUUGUAGAGAUAUUGGAUAUUGUCCUCAAUAUGAUUGUAUUCAAGAUAAAUUAACUCUAGAAGAUUAUUUUUAUUUAUUUGGACGUUUACGUGGAAUAUUUCAUUAUCAUCUUCAACAAACAAUUGAAAUAAUUUCAAAAUUAUUUUUACUUGAUUUAUUUCUUAAACAAUAUGUUCAACAAUUAAGUGGUGGAACAAGAAGAAGAAUGCAUGCUGCUCUUGCUUUUCUCGGACCACCAACCAUUAUUCUUCUUGAUGAACCAACAACAGGUGUUGAUCCAUAUAGUCGUCGUCAAAUGCGUCGCAUAUUUGAAUAUGCAUUAAAUAAUGAUAUAACAAUGAUUUUAACAUCACAUUCAAUGGAAGAAUGUGAAUUGUUAUGUUCACGUCUUGCUAUUAUGUCACGAGGACAAUUUCAAUGUUUAGGAUAUAUUCAAGAUUUAAAGAAUAAAUUUGGAAAUGGUUAUACAAUUAAUAUUAAAAUUAAUUCCAAUGAAAAUCCUGAAAAUUUAUCUAAUUUAUAUAAUUAUUUAAAAAAUAAAAUAGAUAUUAAAAUUCAUCAUAAAACUGAAUCAACAAUUAUUUUACAAGUUGAUUAUUCAUCACCACCCAAAUUAUUUGAUUUAAUUCAACAAAUUAAAGAUAAAUAUCAUAUUGAAACAUAUAUUAUUGAACAAACAACAUUAGAACAAAUAUUUUUUUCUUUACAAUAUUC